UGGGAGUCUCAGAAGCGUCGCGGUUUUGAACAGAUCGGUGCGGUGCGUCGCGUGCGCUCCGAACUCAACCCGCACAUUCUCUCCGGACCUUCUCGAGGCUUUUGAGCGACUCGAAUGACAACUUUCAUCUGACUCUCAUUUUCUUCUCUAUUUUAUAUCAUUUUAUCAUUAUUCUUUUUUUUUUGUUUUACCCUUUUAUCAUUAUAAUUAUUCUUCACCUCCUCAUUUCAUCCUUCACUCCUCCACCGCGCUCCUCGCCUUGAACGGAAUACCUCGGGGUGGCUUUUUGCGCAAAAACGCGCGCCCGUCUCUUUUUUUCUCUCGCGCUCCUGAGAGUGUGUGUGAGUGUGUGAGAGUGUGUAAGAGCGCGCUCCUUGUUGGAAUUGGUUCCCGCACCGAUUCAGCGCUGAAGUGAGCUGAGAGACGGAUUUAAACUCGGCGGUGAUGCGCGUCCGGAGCUCCGGAACCUAAAGGAGGAUAAUGUACCUGUCGUUCUUCUUCUCCUCCUUUCUGCUCCCCAGAGGCCCGACAGAGAGAGCUGCGCGCUCAGCUUCACUCUGACCUUUUUUUAAUAUAAUAAUUUAUUUUUAAUUAUAAUUUAUUUUUAUUAUUCGCUCCUGUUAGUGAAAACUGACGCGCUCUUUGGAUCAGACGCGCAAGCUGUCCUUCUUACAGAACUUUAACACCAGGAUGCUGUCCUCCUAAACCUGCUCUCCAGGGUUCGGUUUGGGUUUCAGUCUCGCACCUGGAGUCGGGAUAAUCAGGAGCUGGGAUUGCCUGCGACGCUCCGGGUUCAUCGUUGUUCUCUCUCUGUUUUUUUUUUUUUUGUACUGGUUUUUGACACGUUUUUGUGCUGCGUAAAAAGCGGAUUUCGAGGUCAUGGGGGAGUCUCUGUGGACGUACUACUUGGGGGUGUUGGUGCUGGCGUGCAAGGUGAAUGCCACCGUACUCGAGUCCAUCUACUGGAACACGACCAAUACCAAGUUCGUUCAAGGUCAGGGUUUAGUCCUGUACCCUCAGAUCGGCGAUAAAAUGGACAUUGUGUGUCCCCGGGUGGAGGGCGGCGGCUCCCUGGACGGAGUCGAAUACUACAAACUCUACAUGGUUCCUCGCGAGCAGUUGGACUCGUGCACGGUGACGAAAGCCGACACGCCGCUGCUGAACUGCGUCAAACCCGACCAGGACGUCAAGUUCACGCUCAAGUUCCAGGAGUUCAGUCCCAACCUCUGGGGCCUGGAGUUUUUCAGAGGAAAAGACUACUACAUCAUCUCAACGUCGAACGGCACGAUGGAGGGUCUGGAGAACCAGGAAGGAGGAGUAUGUAAAACGAAGUCCAUGAAAAUCGUCAUGAAGGUCGGACAGAACCCAUCAGACCCUCUUCCUCCGAAAGAGUAUCCGACCAAACAUCCGCCCAAAUACAUGGACAAGGAUAAAUUCAACGACGUGCUCGACAAACCAGGCGUGUCUCAUCACGAGGGUGAGACGGUGGACAGCGGCAGCGGAGGGAAAUCGUCGUCGGUGAUCGGCUCCGAGGUGGCCCUGUUCGCCGGCGUGGCCUCGGCCUGCGUGAUCGCCGUGGCGGUGGUGGCCAUGCUGGUGGUCCUGCUGCUGAAACACCGGCGGCGCCACGGCAAGCACUCGCCCCCUCACACCACUACGCUGUCGCUUGGCUCACUGGCCACGCCCAAAAGAGGCGGGGGCAACAACAACGGCUCUGAGCCCAGCGACAUCAUCAUCCCGCUGAGGACGGCCGACAGUGUGUUUUGCCCGCACUACGAGAAAGUGAGCGGCGAUUACGGCCACCCCGUCUACAUCGUACAGGAGAUGCCCCCUCAGAGCCCCGCCAACAUCUACUACAAGGUGUAAGAGACUCAGGACUAGCCUUGAACAUUUCGACCCUGUUGCCCCCCCCUCAAUGAAUCGGCCCCUCCCUAUAGAGUGGCGUGGGGGGGCGGUUGACGAAGCUCUGCGCCUCUUCUCUCUCGUGGCUGUCGUAAACAAAAAAAAAUAAUAAUCGAUUUUUCCGAAUAUUCCUUAUUAUUCUUCAGUGUAGAGUUUUCAAACGGUGGAGUGAGGCUGCUGCUUUCGACCCCCUCACAAAAAAAAAAAAAAAGAAACACGGUGCACUAAAUUGUGUGUUUGUGAGGUCAUGGUGGUGUGUUUGGGGGCCUGUGUUUUUAAAGCGGUGAGGGGACUCGCCUUACGAGGAGGAGAAGGAUGAAUUAAGAGUGACGGAAGAGUGACUCGAGUGAACGAAAGGAAACAAAUGUAUCAUGGAAAACACCCCCCCCAUCCUGCCCCCGAUUGCGAACUCGUGCUUGUUCUAAGGGGGGAGGGGGAGGAUACGCAUCGUUUCAUCAGCGGUCACAGAUACAGGAAGUGGAUUUGGACGAAACAGGAAGGACUCGCGCUGUCGGGCCUGUACACGGACAUCACCUGUUUCGCUCGCCUUUUGGUCACCGUUUUAUUUUUUUCCCCUUUCAUUUUUUUGUUUUUGUUUGUUUCAUUCUCAUGAACUCAACCUUCUCUGAACAUCACGAACACUUAUCAUUGUUUUAUUUUUUAUUUCCUGCAAAGUGACUCUCACAAUCGUUACUUGAAGGCUUCGCGUCUCGGGGGGGCGCACGUCUUUACUCUUCGUCAUUCCCCAUGCGGCUCGUGUGCGGAUUCGUUUCAUAGAUCUAGGUAUUGUCAUAGAGAUCCUGUCGUGCUGGUUAAUUCGUGCUGUACGUACGUUGUGUGGCACAUACACACACACACACACACACACACACACACACACACACACAUAUACAUACAUACAUUUCACUCAUGUAAGUUCAAAGCCAAGGGCUAGAACAGAAAAAAAAAAAACAAGGUCAUUGCAAGGUCGGGGAAGAUGAACACUAGAAGCACUUUUGGAAAAAACAAACAAACAAAAAAACACCUGGCCCACAUACACACACACACACACACACACACACACACACACAGUGAGUGACAAUGGUGGGAUCGGCAAUAAUUGUCCAACUGACAUUAUUUGCCAUUAUUCACCAUCAUUACACACACACACACACACACACACACACACACACACACAGAAACAACGAUUUUCGAUGAACUGGUGCUGUCAUACUCAUGCGAAAGCACAGGGUCAUCUGACGCAUCGUUAUUAUUAUCAGCAUCAUCAUUAUCACAAUUUCCUUUUUUUUUUUUUUUUACGAAACAGAAGCCUUUAAUUAACAUUUUGUUUCGAGUUUGUUUAGUUGUACAUUAAAAGCAGAGGAGAUUAUAAAAGACAGUAAGAAGACGAAGACGUGAAGGAAAAAAUAAAGCGUACACAGAGUUUAUUUAUGACACACAGAGCACACGAACGGCCAGGAGGAAGCAGAUCUAAUAAUAACUCAGCAAGCAGGCGCAUUAUGCAAAACGUAGACCUUUCGCAUAAAAAAAAAAAAAAACCAACAACAAAAAACACCACCUCCCCGUUCAUGCACACCGAUCGAUCCUUACAGAAAUAGUUGCCUUUUUCGAAGCGGAGUACGCGCACGACCGGAAAAAAGGGGGGCAGCUUGGGAAAGAAAAGAAAGCUGGAGAGAAAAACAGCACGUUGGGUUUAAAAUAGCUGAAAGGAAUGAGAAGGAAGGGCCAAGAACGAGUCUGGAGGAAAGGCGAGUCUGGCAGAAUCUUGCUUUGCAAGGAUAAACUAAAACCGGCUCCUCUAGCCUGGCUGUCUUGUUUGAUGAACCUCAGAGAGGUUAAAAUUAGGCCUCUCAAGUGGGAAGGAGGGCAGCGGACAAGAGUUAGGAAGUGAGCCAGCCAGCGAGCCAGCCAGCCAGCCAGCCAGAGGGGAAUUAGCUCAGGCUAAAAUCAUAAAAAAAUGUCAUGCUACUCCCUCGGAAUAGAAAUGUUGACACUGAAGGCAAAGAGAGCUCCUGGCAUGCGAAGGAAGUCGCCGAUUGGAGUUUGUCGCUGCACCCGUGGGACCGUCCUGGUAGAUUCCCACAAUCCCUCACUCAUUAGUCCCUCAGCUCUCUCACGAGAAGCCUCUCUGCUCCAUGUCAUGGUGUGUGUGUGGUUGUCCAUGUGAACCUUCAUAUCGAAUUAUCCGUGUAUUCCGGCGCCCACAUCCGUAAGGUUCGCGUUCACCCGCAACAGCUUUUCUUUUCUGUGUUUUUUUUUUUUGACACUCAUUACCCAAGCAGAGAUUCGGCUCUCGGUCGCCGCGGUUACGUAUCGUUCAUAUUUUUUUUUAUUUCAUUUCCAUCUGUUUCUCACGGAGAUUUGUUCGAAUCUCGCCAAGAAGCCAAGCCUUGUGGGAUCGGAGGUUUUGUGCCUCUGUAAGAGGCCGCAAGAAAAAAAAAACAAUAAAAAAAAUGUAAGCAAAUAUGCAAUUUUUAUUUAUUUUUGUAACAAUUGAGAGACAAAAAAAUGAAAUGCUUACACCUAUGGAAAAAAGUGUUCUUAUCCACUGAAAUGAGUGAAAAAAAAAUACAUCAAGAAAUCAAUACAA